AUGGCUGAGAAGGGCGACUGCAUCGCCAGCGUGCACGGGUAUGACCUUGGCGGGCGCUUUGUUGACUUCCAACCCCUGGGUUUCGGCGUCAACGGGCUGGUGCUGUCGGCCGUGGACAGCAGGGCCCGUCGGAAGGUGGCUGUGAAGAAAAUCACCCUAAGCGGCGCCCGCAGCGUGAAGCAUGCACUCCGGGAGAUCAAGAUCAUCCGCCGCCUGGACCACGACAACAUCGUGAAGGUGUAUGAGGUGCUGGGGUCCAAGGGUGCCGACCUGCAGGGCGAGCUGUUCAAGUUCAGCGUGGCCUACAUCGUCCAGGAGUACAUGGAAACCGACCUGGCGCGCCUGCUGGAGCAGGGCACGCUGACGGAGGAGCACGCCAAGCUCUUCAUGUACCAGCUGCUCCGAGGGCUCAAGUACAUCCACUCCGCCAACGUGCUGCACAGGGACCUGAAGCCCGCCAACAUCUUCAUCAGCACGGAGGACCUCGUGCUCAAGAUUGGGGAUUUCGGGUUGGCGAGGAUUGUUGAUCAGCAGUAUUCACACAAGGGUUACCUGUCAGAAGGGUUGGUAACGAAAUGGUACCGCUCGCCACGUCUGCUCCUCUCCCCUAACAACUACACCAAAGCCAUUGACAUGUGGGCCGCUGGCUGCAUCCUGGCAGAGAUGCUCACGGGGAGGAUGCUCUUUGCUGGGGCUCACGAGCUGGAGCAGAUGCAGCUCAUCCUGGAGACCAUCCCUGUGAUCCGGGAGGAAGACAAGGACGAGCUGCUCAAGGUGAUGCCUUCCUUCGUCAGCAGCACCUGGGAGGUGAAGAGGCCACUGCGCAAGCUGCUCCCUGAAGUGAACAGCGAAGCCAUCGACUUUCUGGAGAAGAUCCUGACCUUUAACCCCAUGGAUCGCCUGACCGCCGAGAUGGGGCUGCAGCAUCCCUACAUGAGCCCGUACGCUUGCCCCGAGGACGAGCCCACCUCGCAGCACCCCUUCCGCAUAGAGGAUGAGAUUGACGACAUCCUGCUGAUGGCCGCCAACCAGAGCCAGCUCUCCAACUGGGACAGGUACCCUGUGAGCCUGUCGUCGGACCUGGAGUGGCGGCCCGACAGGUACCAGGACGCGAGCGAGGUGCAGCUCGACCCGCGCGCGGGCUCGGCGCCGCUGGCGGAGGACGUGCAGGUGGACCCGCGCAAGGACUCGCAGAGCAGCUCGGAGCGCUUCCUGGAGCAGUCGCACUCGUCCAUGGAGCGCGCCUUCGAGGCCGACUACGGGCGCUCCUGCGACUACAAGGUGGGGUCGCCGUCCUACCUGGACAAGCUGCUGUGGCGCGACAACAAGCCGCACCACUACUCGGAGCCCAAGCUCAUCCUGGACCUGUCGCACUGGAAGCAGGCGGCCGGGGCGCCCCCCACCGCCGCGGUGGCGGCGGUGGCGGCGGAUGCGGGGCCGCGCGACGAGGAGCCGGCCAGCCUCUUCCUGGAGAUCGCGCAGUGGGUCCAGAGCACGCAGGGCGUCCCCGAGCGCGCCAGCCCGCCCCACGACGGCCCCGAGCGCCGCCUGUCGGCCUCCCCACCCGGCCGUCCAGCCCCCAUCGACGGGGGCGCCAGCCCCCAGUUCGACCUGGACGUGUUCAUCUCCCGUGCCCUGAAGCUCUGCACCAAGCCCGAGGACCUGCCGGACAGUAAACUGGGCGACCUCAACGGCGCGUGCAUCUCCGAGCACCCUGGCGAUCUCGUGCAGACUGAGGCCUUCUCCAAAGAAAGGUGGUGA